UAUAUUCGUCUAUGGGCGCUUUAUCAACGUCAUCUUCGGGCGACAACUAAGUCUUGCUUCGCGCCAAGUAACUGCGCGUUUUCCUCUCUCUGACAACAAACUUGAAACAUUGUGGGGAGACGUGUUCACAAUGGACAUUCGGAGAUUCUUUGCGCCAUCAGCACAGAAAGCGACUCCUAAUGGAAACGCGAGCACGAAGAGGAAUCCUUUUUCUUCAGAGGAAGAGUUGAAAAAGAAAGAGACCAAGAUUAAAAAACAAGAAACAGACGUGAAACGUAUGCAUGACAAAAAACGGAAAAAACAUGCAGUCAUACAAUCAGACUCUGACUCAGAGGAUCGAGACACGAAAUCCAAGAAAUCUCCUAAGAAGAAGCAGAAGAUCAGCAAUGCUGCACAGUCUCUCAAGAAAGAGCCUGUUCACUGCGUCUUGGAAAAAGACUCAGACAGUGACAACUUUGAGUCCUUGAAGAAAAAGUCCUCCAUAAGCAAGCAAAAUGGCACCUCCCAAAAGAGCAGGUCAAGUCCAGGUCUGAAAGAUGCUGCAGAGUCUUCAAUCAAGUCGUCCUCUGUUCACUCGAAAAAUGGAGCCAAAUGUCCCACCACACCAGUCACACCAAAGACGGCGCCACCCCCUCAGGCCAAACAAACCCCCACCUCUGUGUUGGACUACUUCGGCAACGAAAGCAUCCAGCGCUCGGGCAAGAAGCUGGUCGCCAGCACAAAACGAAAGACUCCAAUCCAGGAUACCGAUGAAAUGAGCGAUGAACAAAUAGCUCGACAGCUGCAAAUGGUUGAGGAUGAUGAGCUGGAGAAGCAGAUUCAUGAAGAUGAAGACUUUGCCAGAACACUUGCCAUGCUGGAUGCAGAGCCACAGGCAAAGAAGGUUCGUAAAAGCUCGGAUGAAAAAAAUGUGGAGGCAUUCCACAGAAAGAGGAAUUCACUCAGCCCUUCAAAGAACAACAGAGAGGACAGCAUGUCAGAGGACAUGAUUGGUCCUUCACCCAAGAAAAACCCUGCUCCACUCAAACCCAGUUCCAAACUAGGGAUGUUGAAGAAAAGAGACGAGGAAAAAGAUAACGCGACAAAGAGCAAAGCACAGACAAAAAUGAAAAUCUCUCCCAAAAAGGAGCCAUUUACCCUGUCAGGGAGUGAAAAGGUGCAGGCAUCCAAAAGAGGGACUGGACUUGAAACUUCUCCCACUGAACCAGCGAGCACCAGACCUGACGAGGCAGAGAAGAAGAAACUCAACACUUCCGCUUACAGGAAUUACCUGAACAGAGAUGGACCAAGAGCACUGGGCUCCAGAGAAAUCCCCACGGGUGCAGAUAACUGUUUGGAGGGUUGCGUGUUUGUAUUGACGGGCGUUCUGGAAUCAAUGGAAAGAGAUGAGACCAAAUCCCUGAUCGAGCGCUACGGCGGAAAAGUGACGGGCAACGUCAGCAAGAAGACCACCUACCUGGUGCAGGGUCGGGACAGCGGCGUCUCCAAGCUCGAGAAGGCGGAGAGUUUUGGGACCAAAAUCCUUAAUGAGGAUGACCUGUUUGAGCUAAUUAGGACCAAACCAGGGAAGAAGUCCAAGUAUGAGAUUGCUGCAGAGGCCGAGAGCAAAGCUUCAAAGACCAGGACUCCUCCGGGCUCGGCCCCAAAGACCAGGACUCCACCCGGCUCGGCCCCAAAGACCACUCCUAAAGCUUCAAAGAUCUCUCCCUCCAAAGGCAACUCCAAGUCCCCUCACUCUCCAAGUCCCUCAAAGACUGCGCAGACAACCGGCCGUAGUGCCAAAACCAUGGAUGGCGGAACCCCGCCCGGAAGAGGCUCAGCUCAAACUGCUCGCAGGGAAUUGGGACUUUCUUCUCAGAACUUCACCUCUUCAGCCUCAAAAUUGAAAUCGGUAAAUGAGGACGGUGCCACUCUGCUGUGGGUGGACAAAUACCGCCCGUGUUCUCUGAAGGCUGUGAUAGGCCAGCAAGGGGAACAGAGCUGCGCCAACAAGCUUCUCCGCUGGCUGCAAAACUGGUACACGCAUCAUAGCAGCGCUGCCUCCAAACCACCAGUUGCCAGAUUUGGAAAGUUUGCUGCAGGAAAAGAUGACGGAUCAGGUUACAAAGCUGCUCUACUCUCCGGACCGCCGGGUGUGGGGAAGACCACUACAGCGGCCCUGGUCUGCGAGGAGUUGGGCUUUAGCUAUGUGGAAAUGAAUGCAAGUUGCACACGCAGCAAAAACAACCUGAAGGACGUGGUCGCAGAGUCCCUCAACAACACCAGCAUCGAAAGCUUUUACAAAGGCACGUCCCGUAAAGUCAGCACCAAGCACGUCUUGAUCAUGGAUGAGGUUGAUGGCAUGGCGGGCAAUGAGGAUCGGGGCGGUAUGCAGGAAUUGAUCAGCCUCAUCAAAAAUUCCAAGAUUCCCAUCAUCUGCAUGUGCAACGAUCGGAACCAUCAGAAGAUCAGAUCACUGGCCAAUUACUGCUUUGAUCUGCGCUUCCAGAGGCCGCGAAUGGAACAGAUCAAGGGUGCUAUGAUGUCCAUCGCUUUCAAGGAAGGAAUCAAGAUUCCGCCUCCGGCACUUAAUGAAAUUAUCUUGGCGUCCAAUCAAGACAUCAGACAGGUGAUCCAUAACCUCAGCAUGUGGUCAGCUAAAGACAAGGUGAUGACCUACGACCAGUGCAAGUCUGACGCAGCCAGCGCCCGCAAGGACCUGAAAAUGGGGCCCUUUGACGUCUGCCGAAAGGUGUUUGCGGCUGGCGAGGAGACGGCCCACAUGAGUCUCAUUGACAAGUCGGAUCUCUUCUUCCACGACUACUCGCUAGCGCCCCUCUUUGUCCAGGAGAAUUAUCUACACGUGCGGCCUGCCGCUGCUGGGGGCAAUGCAAAGUCUCACCUUGUGCUGCUCAGCAAGACGGCUGACUCCAUCAGUGAUGGAGACCUGGUGGACCGACGAAUCCGCUCUGGGCAGAACUGGUCUCUGCUACCCACGCAGGCUAUCUAUGCCAGUGUAAUCCCAGGUGAGCUCAUGAGAGGUUACAUGAGUCAUUUCCCGUCGUUCCCAAGCUGGCUUGGCAAAAACUCGUCGGCAGGCAAACAUUCCCGCAUCGUCCAGGAGCUGGCCUCCCACAUGGCUUUGAAGACUAUGAGCAGCAGACAAGCGGUGAACCUGGACUACCUCUACUUCCUGCGGCAGGCCCUACUCAGCCCACUCCAGAAGCUGGCAGCCGAGGGCGCCAGUGAGGCUGUGCGGCUACUGGACGAUUACCAGCUCAUCAGGGAGGACAUGGAUAACAUGAUGGAGAUUGGUUCAUGGGGCGGACAACCUGACCCCUACUCCAAACUGGACUCCAAGGUGAAAGCGGCAUUCACGAGGACGUACAACAAGGAGGUCCAUCUGACACCGUACUCCCUGCAAGCUAUCAAGAAGGGGCGGCGCGGCGGCGCCGAAGAGUCUGAACUGGAAGUGCAGGACACCGAGAAGGACACCCCAGUGUCUGAGGAUGAAGGAGAGAGCCUCAGUGUGGAUGCCAUGAUCAAACAGAAGAAGGCCAAAGCCGUCACCAAGGAAUCUAAGAAGGAAAAGACUGAGGAUUCUGGGAAGGGGAAGGGGAAGGGAAAAGGCAAGGCUAAGGCUAAAAAGUGACCUAAAACAAAGCAGUAUGAAGCUGCCUCCUGACCAUGACCACUUCCUGUCCUUUUUCCAUUUUUAAAAACCUCCCGAGCAUGAUCGUAUCAAUUCGCCUCAUCAUGUCUCUGAGUGUGGAGGGGGGUAGGGUGUGGGGGUUCCCCAAAUCAUGCAACUGCUUCUUAAGAGUAUAACAAUGCUGCCGUAAUGCUUUUGGCUGCUCGCUUCACCCUGAUCUUUUUCUUGUAAAUUGCCUUUUUGUAAAAUAGACAGAUAUGCCUCUUGUGUUUUUUUGUUCUUGAAAAUCUGUAUUUUCAGAUCCAAAGAUACUGAAUGAUUAUGUUGCUAACAAUGUUGUAUCCACUUCAAAUUCAAGGCGGGGCAAAAAAAAAAAUCUCUUUCCAACAGGAAUGAAUUUGCCCACAAGAUGUUCAGCUCAUUAUCAUUAGCAAUCGUUCACACAUAAGGGUUUGAGAUUUUCACAGCAUGUGGUACCGCAGCUUUUAAGCCUCAAGGGCCAGUUUUUCAGUUGUGUCCUCAUUACACAUUGCAGAUGCAUAAUUUGUGACCCUGAGGUCACUGGCCCAAAUCUCAAAGAUGUUUAAGCUUCUCCAGCCAUAAAUCACUCAAAGGGUUCACUCACCGCUUGGCUGCUGUUAGCGGAGUCAGCCAUUGCUCUUGUUGCCCACAGUUAAUCAUGACACUCCAUCUUCACUUCAGGCUAACAGCAGUCCACAAUGUUAAUGCAAAAAAAAAAAGUCCAGUGCAACCGCGAAUGCUGCCAACCACCUCUUAAGAACAUCAUCACGUUUUGCUUGGCUGUGUUUUAUGGCUACAUGUUUCUGACAAAUGGAAGCCGCCUGGAUCGUAAACAUGAUGGAGGCUAUUGCUGUGUGUUGAGGUAUUUUACAGGGGCAGACCAAAAGUGCCAUCCUCUUAACUUUUAUUGUAUAAAAGCCAUCAGAGCAUGAGAAGGUAUACAUGUACAUAUAUCAUUGAUCAUGUCCAAUAUGAGGUGCCUUAUAUGGUAUAAAAUUAAGCAAAAAAAAAAAAAAAAAAGGAAAGAGAUAGCCGUCAUAGGUUGUCACACCUGUCAUGGUACAAAAAUAAGCACAGACUAUUGUGCAAUAAUGAACCUUUAUGUACAUAUUUAGCAUGUGUCGUGUUCUCAAAAGCUUAUUUUCACUUGAGUCACAAUUGAAUGUUGUAAUAUUCAAAGAAAUGUAAUUCAAGAAAAUUGUAAUGUAGUU